AUGGAAAUCUAUAGAUCUUCUACGUUGCCCGAUCUUCGACUAACACUCCCCACCUCCGAGGGUGUCAUCCUCGGUGUCGAGAAGCGCGUUACCUCGACCCUCCUCGAGACCUCCUCCGUCGAGAAGAUUGUCGAGAUCGACCGCCACAUUGGCUGUGCCAUGUCCGGUCUCCAGGCCGAUGCCCGCUCCAUGGUCGAGCACGCCCGAGUCGAAAGCCAGUCCCACGCCUUCAACUACAACGAGCCUCUCCGCGUUGAGAGCUGCACCCAGGCCAUCUGCGAUCUCGCCCUGCGAUUCGGUGAGGGUGCUGACGGAGAGGAGACUAUCAUGAGUCGACCUUUCGGCGUUGCUCUGCUCAUUGCUGGCUUCGACGAGGAUGGUCCUCAGCUGUUCCACGCUGAGCCCAGUGGUACCUUUUACCGUUACGACGCCAAGGCUAUUGGCUCUGGCUCGGAAGGUGCCCAGGCUGAGCUCCAGAACGAGUACCACAAGUCCCUGACUCUCACAGACGCAGAGACUCUUGUUCUCAAGACAUUGAAGCAGGUAAUGGAGGAGAAGUUGGAUGCCAAGAACGUGCAGUUGGCUAGCGUAACCAAGGAGAAGGGCUUCAGAAUAUACACAGACGAGGAGAUGGCUUCAGUCGUGGAGCGACUGCCAGCCAACUAA